UCCACAGCGAUGGACUCAAGAUUAGUGUUUGUCUUAUUAUGGAUGUUGCUGUCAUUCACCUCAACUGGAAUCAAACUAGAUGGAAAUGGUUAUGUUGAUGUUAUAAUCGCAAUCAGUUCAAGAGUACCACAGGAUGACAUGCUCAUUGAUAAAAUCAAGGAAAUGGUCACUGAAGGGUCAUAUUAUCUUUAUGAUGCAUUGGAUGAAAAGGUCUAUUUCAAAGAAGCUACAAUACUAGUCCCACCUCAGUGGAAUAGUAAGGAUUUUUUCAAAGCAAGAACAGAGUCCUUUGAAAAGGCUCACAUAAAAAUUGAUAAUGCUAAUUCAGCAAACAACACUGAACCCUACACUAAACAGUAUGGAGAAUGUGGUGCUGAGGGAGAGUACAUUCAUUUCACCCCGGAAUACCUACUGAAUGACACUUUUAUUCAGCUUUAUGGAUCAAGAGGAAGGGUCUUUGUGCAUGAAUGGGCUCAUCUGAGAUGGGGUGUUUAUGAUGAAUACAGUAAAGAAAAGCCAUUCUACUUCUCUAAUGGCCGUAUUGAAGCUACAAGGUGUAGGCACAAUAAUAAAGCCCCAAACCUGCAAAAUGAAAAAUGUGGCAACAAAGCGACAUGGACCGUAAUAUUUGAGGAUUCUGUUGAUAAAGAUGCACUUCAAACUCUAAAACCACUGGAGUCCCCUCCGCCACCACCAUCUUUCAAAGUUGUGCAGAGGGCACAACGGGUCGUUUGUCUCGUCCUUGAUGUCUCAGGAAGCAUGGAAGGCGCUAGAAUUCUACAACAGCAACAGGCUGCCACACAUUUCCUGCGGUACAUCAUUGAGGAUCAAGCCAGUGUUGGAAUUGUAACCUUUAGUACUUCUGCUUCUACUCUGCGAUCCUUGACUAUUAUUGACAGUGACAUCACACGAGAGACUCUUGUCCAAUUGUUACCAAAAAGAGCAAGUGGAUCAACAAACAUGUGCUUGGGCCUUAGUCAAGGCUUUCAGGUACUUCAAAAGGACAAUGGGGAUGUAUUAGGAGAUGAAAUAAUUUUUCUGACAGAUGGUCAGGCAACAGACAACAUUGCUGGUUGUGCUCCAUCUGCAAUACAAAGUGGUGCCAUUAUAAGCACACUAGCUUUUAGUGACAGUGCAGCUCAGGCACUGACAGAAAUGGCGGACAAAACUGGGGGAAUAUUUUUCAUAGCCAAAGAUGACAUGAUCUCCAACCAGUUAAUGGAUGCAUUUGCUUCGCUUACAUUAUCAACUGGUGAUUACACAAACGAACCAGUUCAGCUAGAGAGUGUUGGAGCAAGAACAUCUGAUUGGUUCAAUGGGACAGUAUCAGUGGAUCAGACUGUUGGGAACAAAACAAGCUUUGUAAUAAUCUAUGAAAUACGUUUUCCUAGCAUUUACAUACAAUCACCAAGUGGCUCAAUCUACACUCAGACAAAUAUGAGUCAUGAUGGACUGCUGAAAACAGUCACUUUAAACAUUCCAGGAACUGCAGAGCCUGGGGACUGGAAGUACAGUAUCCAAACCACCUCAAAUCAGGCUUUCACUAUAACAGUAACGAGUCAAGCGGCACAUGAUGAUGUUCCUCCUAUCAUUGUCAAAACCCACAUGAACCAGCAGUUCAGUGAUGGCACUAAACCCAUGACAGUGUUUGCUGAGGUUAGUCAGAAUUACAGGCCUGUAAUAAAUGCUGAAGUGUGGGCUACACUGGAGUCGGAAACUGGGUCCGAACAUACAUUACAACUGCUGGACAACGGAGCAGGAGCUGAUGCUUUUCAGGGUGAUGGAAUCUAUUCCAGAUAUUUCACAAAGAUUGUUAACGGGAGAAACAGCUUGAAAGUAAGAGUGAAGAAUCAAGGUGGACAAACCAGAUUUGCUGUCCAAAAAAAUAGUGGAGCCCCAUACGUACCCGGAUAUGUGGUAAAUGGUGUAGUGCAGCUGAACCCUCCAAAACCUCCAGUUUCUGAGGAACCACUUGAGGUGGGAAACUUCACCAGAACAGCCACCGGAGAGAGUUUUGUGGUGAAACUUUCAGGCACAACUCCACCAAACUUCCCUCCUAACAGAAUCACAGAUCUGAGUGCUGAGAUCCAGGAGGACACUGUGCUUCUCAGCUGGACAGCACCUGGUGAGGACCUCGACCAAGGCACAGCUAAAUCCUAUGAGAUCAGGUGGAGCUUUGACCUUGAUAUGCUUCGAAACAGCUUCAGCAAUGGUCAUGUAGUCAACACAGCUGCCGUCUCACCUCACGAGGCUGGAUCAGUUGAACAACAUUCAUUCAAUCUCAGUUUCCCAAUCCAAAAUGGGACCACACUCUUCUUUGCUGUUCAGUCAGAGGAUGAACAAAAUGCAAAAUCUGAAACCUCCAACAUUGCUCAAGCUUCAAAGAUCCUCCAUGGUCCAAAACCCCCAGGAGUAUCAAACCCAGGCAUGAAUUUAACAGUUCUUGUCAUUUCUCUGUGUGUGGUAAUUAUGGUUAUAUGCUUUAUUGUUGCUGUAACCGCAUGGGCAGUGAGACGCAGGAAUCGCUUUGUCUAAAGCAAAAAAUUACAUCAACAAUGCAAACAAAUGUCAAAUCAAGCCUUAUGCCUAUGCAAUAGCUUUAAAACAUUUCUUAAAACAAUUAUUUAGUUCAGUUUUUUUGGUUUCUGACAAUCUUUUUCAAGUACAUGUCUAAUGCUGCCGCCUUAUAGCAUUUUUAUUUAUGAUUCUCAAUCAACUGAUUUAGCUUCCUCUGAAAUGUGAGCACUUUCAAAUACAAAUCAAUAAAACAUAUCUGUACCACAAAAGGCUUGUAUUAAAUUUGCAUUGUGGUGAUUAGAAACGCUGUUUGGUUAAUUUGUUCUUUGGAUUUUCAUAUUUAUGCCCAGGUAAAUCUGUACGAUGCAGAUAAAUCUGUAAUCAUUUGUAAUAUGUGAAUGUUUAAAAAUAUACAUUGAAAUAAUAAUAAAUAAAACUGUUAUAUAACAA